CGUCAUGUGACUAUUUUCCGACUGGAGUUUCCACGACAGCUGGGAGCCGUGCGAUACCUCAUCGCGAAUCGCAUUUUAAAAUAUACAUAGGGACAGUCUUUAUUUCAACAUUGGCAAACAAACUUUUGGCGGCAUGGGAGAUAAGAGAAGUCCAACCAGGCCGAAGCGUCAACCAAAGCCUUCAGAGAACGAGGGAUAUUGGGAUUGUAGCGUUUGCACUUACAAGAACACCGCGGAGGCUUUUAAGUGCAUGAUGUGCGAUGUGAGGAAAGGGACGUCAACACGGAAGCCUCGUCCUGUCUCCCAGCUGGUUGCUCAGCAGGUAACGCCACAGUUCGCCUCGCCCACGCUGCUACCCAAGAAGGAAAAGAAGGACAGGACAGACAAGGAAAAAAAUGAGAAAGAACCCACGGUGAAAAAGAACAACCACAAGAAAAUGAGGCCCAGGUUGAAAAACAUUGACAGGAGCAGCGCCCAGCACUUAGAGGUCACGGUUGGAGACCUGACUGUCAUCAUCACAGACUUUAAAGAGAAAACCAGACCUCCGCCCUCGUCCAGUAGCAUCACCCCACCCCCCUCUACCUCGACACCCCCAAGCGCUGUAGCCGUCACUGCAGAGCACCAGGGUGGGUCGAACUCCGACAACAACGUUGAGAAGGGGGUCUCGCGGUCAUCUUCACCCAGAGGAGAUGGCUCAUUGGUCGGGGGAGAGUUCCACUAGACCGCCCCCCCGACCCGGAUUGUCUGCCCUCAGCUUCUAGAACCUUGACCCCUAAACCUAGACAACAUUCAAACCUUCAGCCAAACCUCAGGCUCUUUAACCACCUGACCUCCGACCCCACGCCCUCCGCCACAGUGCUCCACCCCCCCCCGUCUGGAAUCCCAUCUUAUCCCUGGACGUGUACUUUGCUGUAGUAGCUACCAGUUCUAGCUAGAAAAACGGACAAGAAGCAGUCCAAACUGAGAUCACUACUAACGCCGAGUAGUGAAUAGCUUUCAGAAAAGGUACUGUUAUCUGAAGUCUUGUUUCAAUGGAAUCUCUCUCAGAGUAACUUUAGGUCAAUUUAACUGUGACUUAAAAAGAAAAUAAAUGUUGCAUUCUGUGUUCUAAACACAAACUCAUCUCACGACAUUUACCCAAUCGUAGCCUGUUGUACAGCACUGUUUCAGUGUAGUGGUAUUAUGACAUCACUUCAGUGUUAUUGUCAACAACUUUACGUUACCCAUCAUCUGUCCUAUGAGAUCUGUUGUGGUAUGAUGACAUGGUUCAGAGUCCUUUAGUUUGUGUUGCAUUAAGUGAGAGGGAGAAAGAAAAAAAUAAAGAAAAGAGGCACCUUGAGAGGAUUGUUAAAUCUAUGGACUUUCUUUCGGUACGUCUCUUGAUAUUUAGUGUCACACGUUGGGCGCUGCGGCACGGACACGUUAAUAACGGUCGAGAAAUGGAAACCGUGGUCACAUGCCGACUGCAAAUUGGCAAAGAUUCCGGUGGCUCUGUGGAAAUUCAACUCAUCUAGACGUUUUGUGUGGGAACGCCAACAGACAUUGACUUCAUCCAGGUGGUCAUCGGGGGAACAUUGGAAAUCACGAUUAUGGGUAACGACCGUGUGCUAAUCAGGCAGCGCCCUUCCUGAUCUCAAUUUGAUAGACUGAACUGCAUUGUCAUCGAUUCCCUACAUCUGCUGGGAUGUGAUGUGGUUUUUAUUUAGAAAAUAAUGUCAGUUUUUUUUGGGGCGGGGGGGGGGGGUUGUGUUAGUUUUAACACUUGCCAGAUAUUAUUGAUCAUACUGUAUCGCAACACUCACUGUUACAUUUCAUAUGAUUUGAGUUGUUUUCCGCCAAGCUUCGCCGUUUUUAAAUGUAUGGAUGACUUGGUUGAUUAUGGUUCCGUGUCUAUGAAGAUAAAUAAUGACAUGUAUUCCAAAA